ACUUUUUAAAGGCGGUGGUGUUAGUAAUGAGAAUGGAAACCCCAACGCGGUGAAUAGGAGGUAGGGUGAAGGCGUUUGAUGACGCUGAGACGAAGUGGGAACCGGUUCUUCCCUCGAAGAGGAGAAAGCCCGUGAAGCCUAUCAAAAGCCCUAGGUUGAAGAACAGAGGUCGAAGAAGAGAAAGAUGCCACAGCAGCCCUUGCUCCAUCGCUAUUAUCACGAAGAGAUUGAAGCCACGAAUUAGCAGUUUCGAGCUUUCUCAUUGCCAAACAGGUGAAAUUCCCAGCACCACAGUUUAUCAAAUAGGGUUUCAGCUUUCACCAUGCCAUGCAUCCUAGAAUCUAAGAAAGUUGACGGCUGGGGUCAAUUUUCACCUGCAUCCGAAAAUCUAGGAAAGUCAACCGCAGGGGUGAUUCUCAGGGAGACGCAGUAAAAGUUAUCAAACACCACCAGAUCAUCCCAAAACCUGUAGCCCCUUCAUCCCAAAACUUGUAAUCUCUUCUCUCUCCUCACACAGAGCUGAUAGAACAAUCUGCUAUUUUACAAGUUGAGAGAGAAUGGCGCUGGGAUUGAUAUUGGGGAUAGGCAGAUCUAUGCGAAGAAAGCGAAGUUCGGCUCUUGACAUUCUCACUUCUAAAAGAAGUCCAAGGGAUUAUUACAAGGGAAAAAAUGUCAAGCCCACUGGUUUUCACACUCGCAAAGGAGGAUAUGUUGUGAUGGAUGAAAAAUUGCCACAGUACGUCAUUCCUGAUUUGACGAACUUCAAGCUUAAGCCUUAUGUUGCACAGCAGAGCUGGUCACGAUCAGAGCCUCAGACUGAAGAAACCACUGCACAAGCUGCCAAUACAGAAGGGAGCAGCAAUUGAAUUGCGAUUGGAAUUUCUCUAGAGACCAAAUGUAGGUUUAAUUUCAAGCAGAAAAGAGAAGAGAAGAAUAUCCCCCCUUUUUGCUCUAUUUGUUCUGUAUGUUCCAUGUGUUUUAGUUGUUUCCUCUUGUGUUUCUCUUUGUUAAUGGCCCCUGAGGAAAAAUGUUACAAAAUCAUAAAUGUGCAUCAGCAAGAGAGACUUAAUUUUAA